AAUACUCAGGGGAGGUCAGCAACAGUCAGCAAUAGUCAGGGAGAGUCAGUGAUCCUGCAGCCCCUGCACCAUGAGUGUCUCUGUGCUGAGUAUCACCAGACUCCUGGGCGGUGUCUCUGGGCUCCUGCAAGUGGCCUCCCUGCUAGGGCUGGCUCUGCUGCUGCUCAAGGCAGCACAGCUCUACCUGCGCAGGCAGAGGCUGCUCAAAGCAGUCCAGGAGUUCCCGUCCCCUCCUUCCCACUCUUUCGGACACAAGCAGGAGGUGCAAAAAGAAGAGGAACUGCAACUGCUACUGAAAUGGGUAGAGAAUUUCCCAUGUGCCUGUCCUCGUUGGCUGUGGGGCACAGAGGUGGAGCUCGUGAUCUAUGACCCCGACUACAUGAAACUGAUCUUGGGGCGGUCUGAUCCAAAGUCUGAGGGUUCCUACAGAUUCAUGGCUCCCUGGAUAGGGUAUGGUUUGCUCCUGUUGAAUGGGCAAACGUGGUUCCAACACCGGCGGAUGCUGACCCCAGCCUUCCAUUAUGACAUCCUGAAACCCUACGUGGGGCUCAUGGCCGACUCUGUCCAAGUGAUGCUGGACAAAUGGGAGGAGCUCCUCAGCCAGAACUCACCUCUGGAGAUCUUUGGACACAUCUCCUUGAUGACGUUGGACACCAUUAUGAAGUGUGCCUUCAGCUACCAGGGCAACCACCAGGCAGACAGGAACUCCCGGUCCUAUCUUCAGGCCAUUCGGGACCUGAACAACCUGGUGAUUUCCCGGGUGAGGAAUAUUUUCUACCAGAAAGACAUCAUCUACAGGCUGACCCCUGAAGGCCGCUUGAACCACCGGGCCUGCCAGCUUGCCCAUCAACACACAGACCGAGUGAUCAAGAUGAGGAAGGCUCAGCUGCAGGAGGAGGGAGAGCUGGAGAAGGUCAGGAGCAAGAGGCACCUGGACUUCCUGGACAUCCUCCUCUUUGCCCAAAGGGAGAACGGGAACAGCUUCUCUGACAAGGACCUCCGUGCGGAAGUGGACACCUUCAUGUUUGAGGGCCAUGACACCACAGCCAGCGGCAUCUCCUGGAUCCUCUAUGCUCUGGCCACACACCCCGAGCAUCAGCAAAGGUGCCGGGAGGAGGUCCAGAGCCUCCUGGGGGAUGGCGCCUCCAUCACCUGGGACCACCUGGACCAGAUGCCCUACACCACCAUGUGCAUCAAGGAGGCACUGCGACUCUAUCCACCAGUUCCAGGUGUUGGCAGAGAGCUCAGCAAGCCCAUCACCUUCCCUGAUGGACGCUCCUUACCCAAAGGAUUCUUAGUCUUGCUCUCCUUUUAUGCCCUUCACCACAACCCAAAGGUGUGGCCAAACCCAGAGGUGUUUGACCCUUCUCGGUUUGCACCAGAUUCCUCACGACACAGCCAUGCUUUCUUGCCCUUCUCAGGAGGAUCAAGGAACUGCAUCGGGAAGCAGUUUGCCAUGAACGAGAUGAAGGUGGCGGUGGCCCUGACCCUGCUCCGCUUUGAGCUGGCUCCAGAUCCUUUCAGGGUCCCUGUUCCCCUUCCAAGAAUUGUGUUGAUGUCCAAGAAUGGGAUCCACCUGCACCUCAGGAAGCUCCUCUAACCCUUGUGGGGACAAGGAUGAGCCCUGAGGGCCUCCUGCCUGCCAUCCUGUCGUCCUGUCAGUCUCUCCUGUCUGCUGUCUUCUGCCCACUUCCUGCUUUCACUCUGCCCACCUGCCAGCCUCCCUACUGUCCUCCUCUUGGGCAUCAGA